AUGCAAGAUCAUAUAAUACCUAAGCGUACACCACUUGGUAUGGCGUGUAUACAAGGACAUACAGAAAUAGUUAAACUACUACUGGAGCAUAGAGCUGAUGUCAAUGUCAGUGAUGAAAAUGAACUUACUCCACUUGGUAAUGCCAGUAUACCAGGACAUACUGAGAUAGUUAAACUACUACUGAAUCGUGGUGUAGCCAAUGUUGAUCACACUGAUAAAAUCAAUUGUACACCGCUUGGUAUGGCUUGUGUAAAAGGACAUACAGAAGUAGUUGAGCUACUACUGGAGCAUGGAGCUAAUGUCAAUCACAUUAAUGAACAAAAACUUACACCACUUGGUAUGACCUGUAUAGAAGGACAUAAAAAAAUAGUUGAACUACUACUGAAACAUGGAGCUAUUGUCAAUGUCAGUGAUGAAGAUAACGAUGCACCACUUGGUAUUGCCUGUGCGAAAGGACAUACAGAAAUAGUUAAACUACUACUGAAGCAGGAUGGAGUUGAUAUCAAUUUCAUUAAUAGAAAAGGAGUAAGAAACAAAUUAUAG